UGGAAGAGAAACCCCGCCAGAGGCCGGGUACCGCUCCCCACCUGGCGGACCCGAUUCCGGGCGCAUUCCGGCUACCGUCCCUGCUUGGGCCGCUGCGCUCGUGCGGGGCGGGGUUCCGGCGCAGUGGCGCCCGCCCCGCCCCGGGGGCAGGGAGAGCCUAGAUUACGGAAGUACCGCGAGCAAGGAGCGCGGAAUCCGGGAGCGCCGGGAGCUAGCUGGAUCCUCUAGGCAGGAUGAUGAUGGGAAUCUUUGCAAAUUGUAUCUUCUGUUUGAAAGUGAAGUACUUACCUCGGCAGCAGAAGAAAAAGCUACAAACUGACAUUAAGGAAAAUGGCGGAAAGUUUUCCUUUUCAUUAAAUCCUCAGUGCACAUAUAUAAUCUUAGAUAAUGCUGAUGUUCUGAGUCAGUACCAACUGAAUUCUAUCCAAAAGAACCACGUUCAUAUUGCAAACCCAGAUUUUAUAUGGGAAUCUAUCAGAGAAAAGAGACUCUUGGAUGUAAAGAAUUAUGAUCCUUAUAAGCCCCUGUACAUCACACCACCUCCUGAUCAGAAGCCGAGCAGUCCUGAAGUGAAAACAGAAGGUCUAUGCCCGGACAGUGCCACAGAGCAGGAAGACACUGUGGAACUCACUGAGUUUGGUAUACAGAAUGUUGAAAUUCCUCAUCUUCCUCAAGAUUUUGAAGUUGCAAAAUAUAACACCUUGGAGAAAGUGGGAAUGGAGGGAGGCCAGGAAGCUGUGGUUGUAGAGCUGCAGUGUUCGCGGGACUCCAGGGACUGUCCUUUCCUGAUAUCCUCACACUUCCUCCUGGAUGAUGGCAUGCAGACUAGAAGACAGUUUGCUAUAAAGAAAACCUCUGAAGAUGCAAGUGAAUACUAUGAAAAUUACAUUGAAGAACUGAAGAAACAAGGAUUUCUACUAAGAGAACAUUUCACACCUGAAGCAACCCAAUUAGCAUCUGAACAAUUACAAGCAUUACUUUUGGAGGAAGUCAUGAAUUCAAGCACUCUGAGCCAAGAGGUGAGCGAUUUAGUAGAGAUGAUUUGGGCAGAGGCCCUGGGCCACCUGGAACACAUGCUUCUCAAGCCAGUGAACAGGAUUAGCCUCAACGAUGUGAGCAAAGCAGAGGGGAUUCUCCUCCUAGUAAAGGCAGCACUGAAAAAUGGAGAAACAGCAGAGCAAUUGCAAAAGAUGAUGACAGAGUUUUACAGACUGAUACCUCACAAAGGCACAACGCCCAAAGAAGUGAACCUGGGACUAUUGGCUAAGAAAGCAGACCUCUGCCAGCUAAUAAGAGACAUGGUUAAUGUCUGUGAAACUAAUUUGUCCAAACCCAGCCCACCAUCCCUGGCCAAAUACCAAGCUUUGAGAUGCAAAAUUGAGCACGUUGAACAGAAUACUGAAGAAUUUCUCAGGGUUAGAAAAGAGGUUUUGCAGAAUCAUCACAGAGUGACCUUGAGGAAUCCUGGGAGCUCAGGAAGGAAGGAGUGCCCAGAAGCAGGGACAGGGAGCUGGUUGGGGAGGACCAGAAAUCAGGUUAUCAAUUCUCCACCUGAUCAUUUUCAUCCUGGGACUGACUUUUGUGGAAUUCCUUGGAUAGUUAUCAUUAUUGUGUUUCUGGGAAUUUCUACACUUGCUAUUUUCCUCUGGAAAACUAGCCUUUGUGUGUCUUUCCUCAAGACUGUCUUAAAGUCGCAAAAUGUACAUGACGGAUCCACAGAUGUACAGCGGAAAGCCUGGAGGUCCAAUAGCCGUAGCCAGGAAGGAAUUAAAAUUGGCCUGGAAGACCUCUUUACUUCACAGAGACAUAUGGAAGCCAAAGUUCGAGCUGAAGUCCAUAAGGUGACAAGGAAGGUCAACAGUCAUUACAAAAUCAAUGGACAUAGGAAGACUGCCAAAAAAAAGAAACUGUUUCAACGCAUGCAAGAGUUGCGGCGGCGGGCACAGGACUACUACAGAUGCAAAAUCACCCCUUCUGCAAGAAAGCCUCUUGCCAACUCAGUAAGUUUGUUUGUUUUCCUUGCUUUUGGACAUAGUCUGCCAGGUCAGGACAUGGAUGUAUUUUUCUCCCCACAGCUCUGUGCUCAAGCCUUGCAAAGGGGGAAGGCAGAGAGGAAGGCUGCCUACAAGCAGCACAGGUGUCAAAUGAGGCAAAAGCAGAGAGUGCCAGAGAGACACAUGAGUCAGGAGCCAGUCCAGGGACGACCGGGCCUAAAGAACCCUUUCUGGAUGGCAGAUUCAGGACCUCAUUCGGUUCCCAUGAGGAACAGCAACGGCGUCCCAGCUGAAAACACAGAGAAGACAAAGGUCAGGAUGGUGGCAGUGGAGCACCAUCAUUCCUCAGGAUUGCCCUACUGGCCCUACCUCCCGGCUGAAACUUUAAGAAAAAGGAUGGGCCGCAAGCCACCUCCUCCUAUGCAGUGUGAUCUGAGAGGUCAACCACGUCCAUCAGUUAAACGAUGUCUGAGACCGCUGACUCUUUCUCGACUACAGUGUCCACUAGGACCUCAACCACAUUCUACAACUGAUGAUUUUCUGAGAAGAGAGACACCUCAACACGAGUGUGCCCUGGGACCUGAUCCACUUCCUCGAGCUGAUGAUUUUCCGAGACUCAAGACACCUCCCGAAGGUCUUUUCAUACCAAUUUCCCCUUCUCCAGUUGAUGAUUCUCUGAGCCUCAAGACACCUCCCGAGUGUCUUCUGGUACCCCUUCCACCUUCUCCAGUUGAUGAUUUUCUCACACCACAGGCACCUCCCAUCAAGCGUCGUUGCCUGGGACCUGUAGCAUUUCCUCGAGCUGAUGAUUUUAGGAGAACCAAGGAACCUCCCGACUGUUUUUUCAUACCACUUCCACCUUCUCCAGUUGAUGAUUCUCUGAGCCUCAAGACACCUCCCGAGUGUCUUCUGGUACCCCUUCCACCUCCAGUUGAUGAUUUUCUCACACCACAGGCACCUCCCAUCAAGCGUCGUCGCCUGGGACCUGUAGCAUUUCCUCGAGCUGAUGAUUUUAGGAGACCCAAGGAACCUCUUGACUGUUUUUUUGCACGCCUUCCACCUUCUCCAGUUGACGAUUCUCUGAGCCUGAAGACACCUCCCGAGUGUCUUCUGGUACCCCUUCCACCUUCUCCAGUUGAUGAUUUUCUCACACCACAGGCACCUCCCAUCAAGCGUCAUCGCCUGGGACCUGUAGCAUUUCCUCGAGCUGAUGAUUUUAGGAGACCCAAGGAACCUCCUGACUGUUUUUUUGCACGCCUUCCACCUUCUCCAGUUGAUGAUUCUCUGAGCCUCAAGACACCUCCCGAGUAUCUUCUGGUACCCCUUCCACCUUCUCCAGUUAAUGAUUUUCUCACACCACAGGCACCUCCCAUCAAGCGUCGUCGCCUGGGACCUGUAGCAUUUCCUCGAGCUGAUGAUUUUAGGAGACCCAAGGAACCUCCUGACUGUUGUUUUGCACGCCUUCCACCUUCUCCAGUUGAUGAUUCUCUGAGCCUGAAAACACCUCCCGAGUGUCUUCUGGUACCCCUUCCACCUUCUCCAGUUGAUGAUUUUCUCACACCACAGGCACCUCCCAUCAAGCGUCGUCGCCUGGGACCUGUAGCAUUUCCUCGAGCUGAUGAUUUUAGGAGACUCAAGGAACCUCCUGACUGUUUUUUUGCACGCCUUCCACCUUCUCCAGUUGAUGAUUCUCUGAGCCUGAAGACACCUCCCGAGUGUCUUCUGGUACCCCUUCCACCUCCAGUUGAUGAUUUUCUCACACCACAGGCACCGCCCAUCAAGCGUCGUUGCCUGGGACCUGUAGCAUUUCCUUGAGCUGAUGAUUUUAGGAGACCCAAGGAACCUCCCGAGUGUCUUUCCGCACCCCUUCCACCUUCUCCAGUUGAUGAUUCUCUGAGCCUGAAAACACCUCCCGAGUGUCUUCUGGUACCCCUUCCACCUUCUCCAGUUGAUGAUUUUCUCACACCACAGGCACCUCCCAUCGAGCGUCGCCUGGGACCUGUAGCAUUUCCUCGAGCUGAUGAUUUUAGGAGACCCAAGGAACCUCCCAACUGUUUUUUCGUACCACUUCCACCUUCUCCAGUUGAUGAUUCUCUCAGCCUCAAGAUACCUCCCGAGUGUCUUCUGGUACCCCUUCCACCUUCUGCAGUUGAUGAUUUUCUGAGACCACAAACACCUCCCGUCCAGUGUCACCUGAGACCUGUACCAUUUCAUCGAGCUGAUGAUAUCAGGAGACUCAAGAAACCUCCUGACUGUUUUGACUGUUUUUUGUUUUGUUUUGUGUUUUUUUGUUUUUUGUUUUAUUCUGUGGCAGGAAGGGGCCUGGUGUGUUGAUUCAAUUUAUUGAUCAUUUUUACAACACAUAAAUUCAUUUAAGUAUUGAUUGUGCACCUAUCAUAUGAUACGCAUUUUUUCAUCACUCCCCCACUCCCAGAACCCUAAGCUUUUCUCACUGUUAGAACUCCUAGUUUAUUUGUAUUUCAGUCACUUUGACUAUAAACUCGUUGAGUGUAGGUGCUUAGAUUUUUUUCACUGCUUAGCUCCCAAUGCCUGUAUAGAGUAAGCUCUUUUUUUUUUUUUCUUUUUGUACCAAAUGCCCAAUGGCCAAUUUAUUCUGUUUCAAUAACUAGGCAUCAUUUUCAAAGGGCCAUAUACUGACAACAGACUGCCCAGAAAUUAUCUCCCUAUGUAGGAAAACUACAGAAGACAAGUUCUUAGAUUUUUAAUGCCCAAUACAGUAGCCAUUAAUGACAGGUGACUACCGAGCCUUGAAAUGCGAUAGUCCAAAUUGAGAUGUGCUAUAAGCUUAAAUUACACACCACGUUUCAAAGCCAUAAGACCAAAAACUGUAAAAUAGUCUAGUAAUUUUAUAUUUAUUAUAUAUUGAAAUGAUAUUUGGUAUUUUAGAUAUAUUGAGUUAAAUAAAAGUUAAAUUCA